ACCAUCUUCCCCUUGCUUUGGCCUAACGCCCAGGCCGCCACGCUCUGAAUCUGAACGCGGGCACGUCUUGUGCGCCAUUGGCGAGACUCUCGACACCAACUCCGCCGAGAGCUAGUGCGCCCGUGCAUGCUGCGAGCUCCGAGUCCUUGCAAGGUAGGGCACCGUCGGUCAGGGGCGCCCAAGCAGCUCGCAACAGCGCGCCCACGACGACGAGGAGGAGCUCAGGAGACGCUUCGCACUCACGGAGCAAGCUCCUCCGCAGCGGCAAUUAUACGCAACGAUGACAGACAUACUUCACAACGCGCCCAUUGUUCUGGACAAUGGCUCAGGGACGAUUCGCGCCGGCUUCGCGGGGGACGACCUGCCAAAGUGCUUUUUCCCCUCCUGGGUCGGCCGGCCCAAGCACCUGCGGGUGCUCGCUGGCGCCCUGGAGGGGGACGUCUUCAUCGGACAGAAGGCGGCGACGGAGCUGAGGGGCCUGCUCAAGAUACGCUACCCCUUGGAGCACGGCAUCGUAACGGACUGGGACGACAUGGAGCGGAUAUGGGAGUAUGUGUACGGCGAGGGCCUCAAGACGCUAAGCGAAGAGCACCCGGUGCUUUUGACGGAACCGCCUCUCAACCCGCGCAGCAACCGCGACACGGCCGCCCAGAUUCUCUUUGAAACGUUCAACGUCCCCGCGCUGCACACGUCUAUCCAGGCCGUCCUAUCGUUGUACGCGAGCGGUCGCACGACGGGCAUUGUCCUCGACUCUGGCGACGGCGUCUCGCAUGCCGUUCCCGUGUACGAGGGCUUCGCGAUGCCAAGCAGCAUCCGCCGCAUCGACGUGGCCGGCCGAGAUGUGACGGAGUACCUGCAGACGCUGCUGCGCAAGAGCGGCUACGUCUUUCACACGAGCGCCGAGAAGGAGGUGGUGCGGCUGAUCAAGGAGAGCGUGUCGUAUGUGGCGCACGACCCGAGGAAAGAGGAGCGGGACUGGCUCGGCGUCAAGCCCAGCGAAAGCAAAUACGCCGAGUACGUGCUGCCCGACGGGCACAGAUUAAAGAUUGGGCCCGAGCGAUUCCGUGCGCCAGAGAUACUCUUCGACCCCGAGAUCAUCGGCCUCGAGUACCAAGGCGUGCACCAGAUUGUGGUAGACGCAAUCAACCGGACGGACCUGGACCUGCGCAAGUCGCUGUACAGCAACAUCGUCCUGUCGGGCGGCAGCACCCUGACCAAGGGCUUUGGCGACAGGCUACUGACGGAGCUCCAGAAGCUGGCGGUCAAGGACAUGCGGAUAAAGAUCUUCGCGCCGCCGGAGCGCAAGUACUCGACGUGGAUCGGCGGCAGCAUCCUGGCAGGGCUGAGCACGUUCCGCAAGAUGUGGGUGAGCAUCGACGACUGGCACGAGAACCCGGACAUCAUCCACACCAAGUUUACGUGAGACGACGAGAUGGACAGAGCAGGUUGCGUUUUUGGGUCGGCUACGAGGAAGGGCGGUGGGAAGAUGGGCUGCCGCAUGCCGUGACGUCGAUAUCGGGUUCGAGCGGUGGGGCAGGCAGGCAGGCAAAACAGGCAGGCAUGUGGAAGAUGCACAUGUCUGAUAGAGCCUAAUGAUACCCUGGGGAGCUGCUGGUUGUGCGUGGCCCGCUGGCCUGGGCUUGCAGAAGCAUAAAAGGAGACGUGAGAGCGCAAGAGGAGUCGAGUAUUGUGUUGCCGGUGGCGCAAAGUAGGCCACCAGCGGCGAUGUAUUAUCAUAUCAUGGUCCAAAGUACGUACAGAAAUAAAUACAAGCGUGCCAACCGUAUCAAGGCUGUGCCGGG